AGAGUUUGAGACGACGACACGAAAUCGCCGAAAUUUCAAAUUUAACUCGACCGUGGAAACUCACGGGUAAAGUGGACAUUGUUGUGAUUGUUAUUAUGUGAUUAUCAUUUAAUUAUAUUUUUUCGGGUUAUUAGUCUUCACCAGACGAUUCGCUUUUAAAAACAUUUUCGUUUUGUAACACAAAUUUCCGGGGUGAAUGAAAACAAUGGAAGAUGACUCACCGAACUUGUUUGACAGUGAGCCGAUGUCGGUGAAGCUGAAUUUUCCCGAGAGCACAGUCGACGAAGACGACAUCUUGACCGAGAUUUUAGAGGAAAUACGUGAAGAAGACCGCAGACCACCUGUCGAAGAAAACCCCGCCGCGUCGUCGACGGACGGUAUUGGCGACGAACCACUUGUUAACAGUAUCGAGUAUCACACCGACGAUUCGGAUGACGAAGAUGGACUUACAGCUGACGAUCCACCGGCGGAUACCGACCCCGACCAGUCGACUGGAUCCCGGAAAGAGGAUUCCCCGGGCGCCAAGACGAAAGAUGUACACAAGGGAUUGCCGCCCGGCCGAGUGAAGCUGAUCAUGAAAAUGGACCCCGACGUCAAUAUAGUGGCAGGCGAAGCAGUAUUCCUGGUCACUAAGGCGACGGAGCAAUUUGUUGGGAUUUUGGCACAACAAUGUCACAAAGCAAUGAUGGCCAGCAACAAGAAAACUUUGCAAAAGAAGCAUAUCGAAACGGUGAUCGAAGACAAUGUACCGUUUGAGUUCUUAGAAGGUACAUUAGAUUGGUAAAACCAUUUGGAUUAUGCUCACAAUUUUUUUUACCCUUUUUACAUUUUGUAAUAUAAUAAUGUAUUAUACAUUUAAUAUUGAUUUGUUUAGAAUAAUAAAAUGACUAACACUUAACACUGACCAAAUA